UUGCGCUUUAGUCUCACAGGAUUUCCUUUCCACGGCGAUGUUCCUGUAAGUAACAAAAACAGGAGUCUCAGUGUGUGUGUGCUCAGUACUAGCAGGAGUUUUUCAGUGCAUGUUGUUGAACCCGUGUUUGCAGCAUGAUUCUGUUUCAGCAGAGGCUCAGCUUCUUUUCAGGGUGGCUCUUACUGGCAGCUGCAACAUGCCAUGGUAAACUGGUGUGUAAAGAAGGCCAAAGUGGUCCGACUCAAGAUUCCAUGCAGGCCGUGUUUGACAUGCAGCCCUUCAGGCCAGCUGUAAAUCUCAGUAACCCCACCAUCGCCCACAUCUCCUUCACCCUGUACGCCGUCCUCGGAGUGAACGAAAAAGCUCAGUUACUCACUACAUUUCUGUGGCUCAGACUGUUCUGGCACAACGAGUAUUUGGUUUGGGAACCUGAGAAGUGUGACGGUGUCGCCAGGAUUUCUCUCCCUGUGAAAGAGCUGUGGUCUCCAGACAUCAUCGUUUAUGAGUUUGUGGAUGAUGAUGUUUCCCAGGCGUGUCCUUACGUCUACGUGAACCACACAGGACGCAUUCGCUGGGACAGGAUGCUGCGGCUUGUCUCAGCCUGCAACCUGGAGAUCUUCAGCUUUCCUUUUGAUGUGCAGAACUGCACAUUCACGUUUGGCUCCUACAUGCAUACAAUACGUGACGUGAGAGUCAGUCCAGCUCUGACUUUUAGCGAGAUGUCAGAAAACUCAAAGCAAUACCUGGAAGCCAGUGGAGAGUGGGAGCUGGUGGACAUACUGGGCGAGACGUCCAUCCUGAAGUUUGGGAUCGACGAGUGGGACAUCAUCACCUUUUGGGUGGUCAUAAGGCGGCGCCCGGUGCUCUACGUGGUCAACCUGCUGAUCCCGAGCUCCUUCCUCAUGCUCAUUGACAUUCUGUCCUUCUACCUGCCCCCCCACAGUGUGGACCGGGCCUCCUUCAAAAUGACCCUGAUCCUGGGUUACACCGUUUUCCUGCUCAUAAUGAACGACCUGCUGCCCAGCACAGCUAAUGGAACGCCCCUCAUAGGUAUCUAUUUCUCUGUGUGCCUGGCUCUCAUGGUCAUCAGUCUCCUGGAGACAGUCAUCAUCACCAACGUCCUCCAUCACAGCUCCAUGAAGUACCAGGAGGUUCCAAACUGGGUUAGAGUCGUCGUCUUCAAAUAUAUCGCAACCAUGAUCUGCUACCGGUGGCCCGAAGGCGUCUCUCCCAUUCUUAAAACACGGGAAGAUAAACCUGAGAGUUCAAACGGCAGCGAAGGCGCGUGGGUCAUCCAGCCAGUCAGCCAAGCAGCCGACAGGCACCGAACCUACAGUGAAGACACAGUUUCUCUGCCCGAGCUGCAGCUGAUCUGUCAGUACCUGAAGGACCUCCGCGCACAUCUUCUGUCGGUGCAGAAGGAGAGCAAGCUGCUGGACCAGUGGUGUCACGUAGGAUACGUACUCGACUUCCUGCUCUUCCGCAUCUACCUGCUUCUGAUCAGCUGCUACGCCAUGGUCAUUAUCACCAUGUGGUGCAUCUGGAUCAGUCAGACCUGUUGUGUAGCAGCUUUAAACUGCACCAGUCCGUCUCCCGAGUCCUUGUUUAAGGAGCUUGACAACCAGUUAUUCCGUCAGAACCUCAUCCGUCCUGUCGCAAGCUUCUCAGAGCCGCUCAACAUAACAGUCRGCAUCACUGUGGUUGGGAUUUUAGGAGUGGAGUGGAAAGUAGCAGGACUCAGCUGGGAUGAGCAGGAAUGUGGAACUAAAAGAGUCUCUGUACUUCGGGAGAAGCUUUGGGUUCCAGAUGUUCACAUCUCAGAGUUUAUGGAUGAGAACAAAUCUCCUCAAACUCCCUACGUUUACUUAAACAACACCGGUCAUGUUUAUGAUGAUAAACCCAUUAGAGUGGUCAGCUCCUGCAAGCUGGAAAUCUACAACUUUCCCUUUGAUAUCCAAUCUUGCUCGCUGACGUUUGGGUCAUAUUUACACGUUGCUUCGGAAAUACGGAUGCUUCCUGGCAUGACAGGAGAAGAGAUUCUGAGCGAGUCCAAAGGUGUGCUGGAGACGAACGGAGAGUGGGAACUCUCUGACAUAAAAGUGGUUCCAUCCGACCUGGAGCUAGAUGUAGGAAGCUACUCUGUGGUAAAGUUUAAGCUGAUCCUGCGCCGCAGACCAACCAUUUAUGUGGUGAACCUGCUGGUCCCCAGUUGCUUUCUCGUCACUGUGGAUCUCAUCAGCUUCCUGCUGCCUCCUCAGAGCGUGGACAGGUCCUCGUUCAAGAUGACCCUCAUCCUCGGCUACACCGUCUUCCUGCUCAUCAUGAACGACUUGCUGCCGGUCACAGGAGACAGGACGCCCCUGAUCAACGUGUUCUUCUCCAUCAGCCUGGCUCUGAUGGUGGCCAGCCUCCUGGAGACGGUCUUCAUCACCAACAUCCAGUUCAGCUCCAGCCAGUACAGUGCCGUGCCUCGCUGGCUGAGCGUACUGGUGCUGCGUUAUCUCGCCGUUGUUGUUUGUAUGUCUCCAAAGAAGAGCAACAGAGUUACCGUCUGCCUCAACCCGUCUUACAAAGAUUCAACAGCAAACACAAACUCCAUCACCAUCUCAGGAAACCAGAGCAUCUUAAAGGAACCACAUCCAGUGAAGAAGGCCUCCACCCCUCCUGCUCCUCCCCUGGAGCCGGCUCUGGAGGAGCUGAAGAAGCUGACCAGAGACCUCACAGCCAUCCGUCUCCAGGUGGACAAACACUUCCACGGGUCCAAAACCGCAGAAGAAUGGCAAAUGAUUGGGAUAGUAAUCGACCGUCUGCUGUUCUGCUUGUACGUAGUCUUCAUUAUUGCAAGCUUCAUCACCAUUAUGGGUAUCUGGAUCUGGAAUAAUACAUAUGCAAAUCAGAGCUAACAUUACAGAGCUGCUCCAACAUGCUGCCACAGUGUCGAUCCAGUUUAUGUUAUGUACAUUAACAAAAAACCAAAACACAGAGAAGCACUCUGGAGUCGUCUGGUUCCAUUCUGAAGGACAGGAGACAUCUAGUGACCACCCUCUGAUAUCUAACCUUUACCUAGCUUGUUUUAUGGUUAUAAACGUGCUAUAAAAACCUGUAACAUGGGCACAUUUUGUAAAAUUCAGAUGACUUCCGUCAACACACAAGAGACUGCUUAAAUGUAAAACUGGAUUUAAAAAAUGGCCAUGUUAUGUUUGAAUUAGGAGUUUGUAAAAAUGUAUGUUAAAACGUAUAAAUUAAUUUGAUUCCACAAUGUUUGUAAUCAAUAAAAGUAUAUUUCAAAGUCCCACUGCCACCACUAGAUGGCACCACUGUGAAAAUGUGCUGAUAAUUGUUAAUCAUGACAAAUAAAAUGUAAAGGACGACUCUCCAUCACACUGAUAAAGCAGCUCUGGGGUAAAAAUGGAUCUAAAAAAACAGGCAUGUUGCCAUGGAGAGCUGGGAAGUCAUAAGAGUAAAAUUCCAGUCAAUUUUAAUGCUUUCUGAAGUACUUCAGUCAGAAAAAGCUGAGCAGUCUGACAUAUUAAAAGUUAAUAACCACUUUAAACUGAAAAGUCUCUUUAGUAAAAAAGAAGAAAAAUCAAGUGCAUAAACAACGAAUGGAUCCAUUGUGAAGAGAUUAGCUGUUAGUAAUGAGACUUAUUAGAGGUACAAAUUAUCCAGUUAAGACUAUUUUUGCUGAUCUUAUUUAUGACAAGUAGAACCAUUUAUUAGCUAUUUGAAACCUCGAGAAUAAAUAUAACAUACAUUUCUGCUCAUUUAUACUGGUCCACAAAUGAAAAAUAUGAAAAUCUAAUCGUUAACAUAAGUGCAAAACACUUUUCUAAAAAGUCUAAAAUACAAUUUUUCACCUAAUCUCAUUUCUUUAGACAACACAUGGAGUUACCUGGAAAAAAUAAAAUAAAAAAAUGUCACAUAACCCCCAAACAUGAACGGGACGAUCAUUUUAAACCUCACAGAAAGCCAAUUUGCUAAACUUGAGUUUAACCUAAGAAAGUGAUGAAUUAAGUUAUUACAACAUUAGAUCAAAACCGCUUCAGGCAUCAUUAGAGUCAGUAACAUUUCAAGCUCAAAGUUCACGUUCUUAAAACAAACAUUAGCAAAAUGACAUCCAAACUCCACCAGAACACACCGGAUCAGUGCAAAGAACCAAACACGCAGUUAUCUCAAAAGCUGCAACAAUAGAAAUCAGCAAGGGCAGCAGGUAAAUAUGCACACGCAUUCAAAGUCCACUUUAGUUACCACACACACACGCACCCCAAGCAGCAGGACGACUGAUCAUUUCCAGUUUUACCGAUAACGUUUGCAACAAUGACUCCCGUUCCUGCAAAUUCAGCUUUGCUGAGACACUCCACCAUCGUUUCCGUUACAUGCUCAUUGGUCACAAAAGGUCGGCAUAAAACACAAAACAUAAGGCUCAAAACAUAGAAAAGCACAUUGUAAAUAUUUUCUUAAUAUUCAAAAUAAAACAAAA